GCGCGGGCGGGACCUAGGAGGCUGAGGUCAGGCCAGAAUCUGAUUUUCAGUUUCUGCCAGAGCCAGUAGCAGGUGGGAAAGAAGGCUGUGCUCUUUGAAGAAAAAAGUUUGCUGACCCCUGUGCUCACUGGUUGUGAGGUCAUACUGUGCCAUCAUGAAUUCAUUAUGAAAUUGAAACACAUAUCGGUUGACAGAGCCCCUGCAGGUGUCAGCCAGCCCUAAAGAGCAGGAUGGAUCUUGACGUGGUUAAUAUGUUUGUGAUCGCGGGCGGGACCUUGGCCAUCCCAAUCCUGGCGUUUGUAGCCUCGUUUCUCCUGUGGCCUUCAGCACUGAUCAGAAUCUACUAUUGGUACUGGCGAAGGACAUUGGGCAUGCAGGUCCGCUAUGUUCACCACGAAGACUAUCAAUUCUGUUACUCCUUCCGCGGCAGACCCGGGCAGAGACCUUCCAUCCUCAUGCUCCACGGAUUCUCUGCGCACAAGGAUAUGUGGCUCAGCGUGGUCAAGUUCCUUCCAAAGAAUCUGCACUUGAUCUGUGUGGACAUGCCAGGACAUGAGGGCACCACCCGUUCCUCCCUGGAUGACCUGUCCAUAGAUGGGCAAGUCAAGAGGAUACACCAGUUUGUAGAAUGCCUCAAGCUAAACAAAAAACCUUUCCACCUGGUAGGCACCUCCAUGGGUGGCCAUGUGGCUGGGGUGUAUGCUGCUUACUACCCAUCGGAUGUCUGCAGCCUGUCUCUCGUUUGCCCCGCUGGCCUGCAGUGCUCAAGUGAUAAUCAAUUUAUACAACGGCUCAGAGAACUGCAGAAAUCGGCUGCUAUAGAGAAGAUUCCCUUGAUCCCAUCCACCCCAGAAGAAAUGAGUGAAAUGCUCCAGCUCUGCUCCUAUGUCCGCUUCAAGGUGCCACAGCAGAUUCUGCAGGGCCUUGUCGACGUCCGCAUCCCUCAUAACAACUUCUACCGAAAGUUGUUUUUGGAAAUCGCCAGUGAGAAGUCAAGAUACUGCCUCCAUCAGAACAUGGGCAAGAUCAAGGUCCCAACGCAGAUCAUCUGGGGGAAACAAGACCAGGUGCUUGAUGUGUCUGGGGCAGAUGUGUUGGCCAAGUCAAUCGCCAACUGCCAGGUGGAACUUCUGGAAAACUGUGGGCACUCAGUGGUGAUGGAGAGACCCAGGAAGACAGCCAAGCUCAUCGUCGACUUUUUUGCCUCUCUGUACAACACAGACAGCAAGAAGCUAGACUGAGGCCCCAGCUGCAGCCUGCGCUCAGCACACAGCAUCCGCUCCACUCCCAUCUCCAAAAUCUGACGCGGCCACCACUUCUCAGGGAACCUGCCCCAAAUGCGGUCAGAGUGCCAGCGUCCCUGAGGAAGCUAAUCCCCUAUCCCUGGUCUCAACAGAUCCACAGAGCUUCGGGGCCCACAAGGAAAUCUCCAAGAUGUUUUUCACAAAAUAGAAACUCAUAUGGAACAAAAUAAUAAAACCCAGUCAUGAAAUCCACCGAGAAGUCUUCAAGUUCAUGUUGCAAGGCGGCCACCUUGGACCAUAUUCACCGAGGCCAUUUUCUUUAAAACAUUCCUCACAGACUGAGACUUGAGGUGUUUCUCUGGCUUCAGAUGUUCUCCCCUGCAUGGUCAGUGGCUGUUAUAGGAGCAUUAGUCCCCCUUCGCUGAGCCCCCCUUGUUUAUGUCUAAUUUAAGUUUUACAUAGAGGUCCAUAUGUGAAUGCAGUGCGUCGGCUGCAAGACCAGGGAGGAACAUGACAAGCCGUAAAAACAUCUACACAGGAGAAGGGGUGUUGUGCUGCUGCCAGCCCUUGUAGCUGCCAGAGCAGCAGAGAACAUAGGUGUGGGGUUUGAUGGCCCCCACAUUUCAGGUAUGUCAUGAGUGAACCCAGAACAGUCACAGUAUGAGCACCACCUGUCAGGGUGCGUUUUCUGGGAAUACUUCAUUAUUUUUAAAAAUAGGACUAAUGAAGCAAUAAUGUUCUAGACAUCUAUCUAAACAGUCAGACUUGGGGUCCACGCACAAGCACCUUGUGGGCCUCUUUUCUAUCUUGCUGUACUACUGAAAACCCUUGGAUGUAAAAUGUUUGUUAAUGAAUUCUGUGAAUUCUGUGAAUAAUAUUGUGAUUGAAACUAAGUCCAAACAGGUGUAAAAGUGAUCACAAUUGACAUGAAAUAAAUUUAAUAAGUCUAGAUCA